AGGUGAUCUGUCUCAAGGCAUGAGACCCUCAGCUUCGCUGUGAUUCACACCGCUCAUAGUAUGGAAAUAUAACAUCUCCAUGGAAAACAGUUAUUCUACGCACACCUUUUUUGAAUUGGCUUUCACAACCUUUUUUCUUAUGGUUGGAUACUUUGACAGCUCAUCUUGCCCUAAACUUGAACAACUGUACAGAGCUUAGUUGUAAGCACAGCAGAAAGUUUCUUUAUAUACCAAUGUGGUUUCAGCUGUGAUGUGCCAUUUGAGAAUAUUUCUCCCCCGUUAGAGGUUUUGAAAGAGGGAGAGGUGUCGUUAUGUCUGUUGGAGCAGGAGGCAUUUCACAUGAAAACACGCUUGCAUUCACUCAUUAAUGAUCGAUAACGGGGAUGAGAGAUGAUGUGAAGGCACAGGUGAUAUAGACAAGAGCUUUCACAAUGAAUGUCUACCUGGAUGAUAAAUAAGUAGCACCGAUGAGGUUUUGUAAAACGCUGGUUCGAAGAAUUUGCAAGAUAAGUUGCCUGCACCUGUACUGUCACACUUGUUCUUCUUCCUGAUUCUUGCUGGUUGAUGAUUAUUUAGGGACAGGAGGAGCCAUUUUGAUCUAACUGUUAUGUAACAACUGGGAGAGAGUUUUGAAACUCCUUAUGCAUUGGACUUUUCUUCUUUACGUAUUCAAGAUGAUCAUCAGAUAGCUCUGGAAAAUACUUCAACCUUUGGACCGUUGUCAUGUUUUGCCAGUCCGAGAUUAUCUUCAUUCAUUUUGUAGGUAUCUUGUCAGAUGCAUUUUUGGCAUCCAUUGGGGGAUUACUUUAAAAGCAAUUACGUCAUCAAGAAACAAUGUUGUUGCCUGUUAAGAAAAGUCUUGACCCAAAUUUCUUAUUCAUGACUUUGUGAUUAAAGGUGUCAGGGGAUUGAUAAAGUGAGAGGAAAACGGUUAUGGAUGAAGACUUCAACGCUACAUUAUUAAACCUUUGCACAGGAAAUAAUAAAUGGCUAUGAUAGAGGGAGUCUCCACCAUCGAUCAUCGGGAAAUUUUCUGCAACAUUGGAAGGUCAGGUGAUUAAGUGUGCCUGAAGUGCUUUUUGAAAAGAAAAAAACCGUAGAGACUCAUUAGCAUAUUAUUGUCCAUCACCAAGGAUACAGCGUAUAAACAGGUAGCUACAGCGUGAGGAACAACACAAUGGCUACAGAUUCUAGGUACGCCAAGAUGAUGAAGGAAGUAUCUCCGCUGCAUAAAGGCUCUGCUGACUAUAACCGCCAGAAGUCGGAGCAGGAAGUGCGUGUGGAAUUCUUCGUGGAUGAGCAGUCUUUCAAGGAGCGCCUACAGCUUUACUUCAUCAAGAAUAAACGAUCAAGUGUCCGUAUUCGGCUCUUCAAUCUUUUGAUCAAGUUCUUAUCCUGUGUUCUAUACGUCAUUCGCGUUUCUUUAGACAACAAUGACCUUUCAGGAGCAGAGGAUCCAAUCAGUUCUGGUAGUUACAGCUCAGGGACUGGUGUCACGACAAUGGCAGCAACCCCUAUGCCUAAACAGUGCUGUACUAAAGAAAACGCUGAGCCGUCGAUCAGAUGGGAAGCUUUGCUUUGGGUAGAGAGAAGCCCUAUUCUGUGGGUUAUACAACUCACUAUAGCAGUCAUCUCUUUGAUUCAGGCACUGCUGCUCCUUUUCCUGCAGUACAAGGGGAACAUCUUGCAACAAAUUCUUAACAUCUACUUUUUCUUGGAACUUGUCACCACAGUGCCGUUUUUAAUCACAAUAUUUUCAGAGGAUUUACGGCGCCUCUUCAUCCCUGUCUUUUUCAACUGCUGGCUUGCCAAAAUGCUCCUGGAAAAUUUGUUUAAUGACCUUCACCGCGUGAUGCAAAAGCCUCAUUCAGCCUUAUCACAGCAGUUAAUGAUCUUACUCUGUACUCUCCUGUGCCUCAUAUUCACAAGCUGGAUGGGAAUCCAACAUUUGGAGAGAGCGGCGGAAAAGGGAAUGUCAGUAUUCCAUGCAUUGUACUUUACUUUUGUUACAUUCUCUACGGUGGGCUAUGGUGAUAUUCAAGUUGAUAUUUGGCCGUCACAGCUUUAUAUUAUGAUCAUGAUCUCCGCUGCUCUGGUUGUCUUGCCAGUUCAACUGGAAAGGUUUGGGUUCUUACUGGUUGAGCGCCAGAAACAAGGAGGUACAUACAGCCAGCAUCGAGCUGAGUCCGGGAAACAUGUUGUAGUCUGUGCUACAAUCCUACAGUAUGAUCUCAUAACAGAUUUCCUCAAUGAGUUCUAUGCACACAACCUUCUGAAUGGUUACUCAGUCGUCUUGGUGUCCCCAUGUGAGCUGGACAAUGCGCUUAGAGCCCUCCUUCAGGUACCCCUGUGGGCUCAGAGAGUCGUCUACAUACAAGGAUCGGUCCUAAAAGAUCAAGACCUCAUCAGAUGCAGGAUCAAUGUUGCUCAGGCGUGUUUUAUUUUGUCACCGCGGAAUGUCAUGGAUAGAUCUGAUGCAGAGCCUAGCAAACCCCCACACCCAAGUCUUGGCGCGUCCACUACCAAUACGAUCAGAGACAGAAUAGAUCAGCAGACAAUUCUAAGAACAUGGUCAGUCAAGGAUUUUGCCCCCAAUGUGUCGUUGUAUGUCCAGAUUCUCAAGCCUGAGAAUAGAUUCCAUGUGCAGUUUGCAGACCAUGUGGUGUGUGAGGAUGAAUUCAAAUAUGCUUUAUUGGCCAACAACUGUCUUUGUCCUGCCACCUCAACAUUCGUCACCCUACUCAUACACACUUCAAGGGGACAGGAAGGCAGUGAUUCCAAUUCUCAGUGGCAGCGUACAUACGGACGAUGUUCAGGCAACGAGGUGUACCACAUCAAGCUUGGUGACAGUAGAUUCUUUGGAGAAUAUGAGAGCAAGAGCUUUACUUAUGCAUCAUUCCACGCUCACAAAAAAUUCGGAGUGGCCCUUAUAGGUAUCCAGAAGACUGACGAGGGAGCCACCAUCCAGCUCAAUCCCGGCCCCCGUCACAUCAUGCGCAGUACAGACAUCUGCUUCUACAUGAACAUCUCUAAGGAGGAGAACUCCGCCUUCAUCUUACGCCAUCCUCGUGAGGAUCAGCAGAAGGAGAAGACAGACAGCAGUAAGACAUCGAAUUAUGUGCCGCCUGAGAACGGCGGGAUGACCAAGGUUGAGAGUGCCAUCGCUAGCGUAGGGACACUGGCACUGGAGUUGCAUCACAUCGGUGGGAAACCAGGAUCCCCUACGGCAUCAGCAACCACCAGGCCAGCCAAAGCAAGAGAGAGUUACAUGUCCCCUGAAGGUAGAGAAUCGUCAGAGUACCCAUAUCUCCUUCGUUCCUCUCCACUCCAUUCCCCCUCAGGUACCUCCCUGGAGAUGAUGGCAGGCACCUCCUCCAUGGAUCGCAACCACCUCAUGCCCCCAGCGGGCGAGGACGGUGACAACGGCUUCCUGAUGCCAGCCGCUGCCAACAGAGGGCGCCGGCCAUCCAUCAUGCCAGUGUUGGAGAUGAUGUCAUCGGAUCCAGAGGAUGAGCAGCCACGGGAUGAGAAGUUGCUUCAUGCUCAGAAGCAAGUUGAUCUUGUUGACACUGAAGAUGUACAGCUCUGGGAUGAGGAGGAUCCCGACCAGCUGGCAGCCAGCAUGAGUGGAGUCAGAAUGUGGACUAAAGGAACUCCGCCCUUCUUACCUUACAUUGGUUACACCCCUGCCCUCUGCCAUCUGCUCACCAAACCUAAACAGUUCUGCUGCUUGGAACUGGAUCAGCCGUGUGAGCACUGCAGCUACAGACAUGCAGCCGAGUAUAACUGGCCAAAUAAUAACAUCAUUAUCGCUGCUGAGUAUGCUGCCUUAGCUAUGAUCAACUUUGUAGUACCACUGAGGGCUCACUGGCGACCCAAACACACCCUCAAGCCAAUUGUUGUUCUUCUAGAAAAGAGGCCAGAUUCCUCCUUCUUGGAUUGCAUCUUAUCCUUCCCCAUGGUCUACUACAUGAUUGGAACAAUUGAAAAUUACGAUGAUGUCUUGAGGGCUGGUAUCCUUCAAGCUGAUACAGUGGUCGUCGUUGACAAGGAGAGUUCCAAACUAGCCGAUGAAGACUACAUGGCCGACGCUAAUCAAAUUGUUGCUGUACAAACACUAUUCAAGUUGUUCCCACAUGUGAGCAUCAUCACCGAGCUAACACAUCCAUCAAACAUGAGAUUUAUGCAGUUCAGAGCAAAGGACACCUACGCACUCAAAAUGGCCGACAAACAAAAGAUUGAGAAACAGAAAGGUUCUAAUAUUGCCUACAUGUUCAGAUUGCCUUUCUCUGCUGGCAAUGUUUUCAGUGCAAGCAUGUUGGAUACACUACUCUAUCAGUCAUAUGUAAAAAGUUACAUGAUCAGUUUCACCCGUCUGCUUCUUGGGUUGGACCAAGCUCCUGGCUCAGGGUACCUCUGUGAGCUGAGAAUAAUAGCCGAGGACAUGUGGAUUCGAACCUACGGCCGCCUCUACCAAAAACUCUGCUCUACCACGCAUGAAAUACCCAUUGGUGUUUACAGGACACACAGUCACGCCGAUAACAAGUCAGAGUUGUCUGUGACCAUAGAAGAUGACGAUAAUUCUUCCUUGGGCCAGUCUGAUGAGAGGAAAGAGAUUGCCAGCAUCAUCAGAAUGAAGAUGAAGAAAAUAGACCUCCCUCCAGAAGAAUAUGACAGUGAAGUAAGCGAUAAGAGACACAAACUAUCCUACGUGUUGAUCAACCCUAGCUUUGAUCUCAAACUAGAGAUGGAUGAUAUAAUCUUCAUUAUCAAGCCUGCAGGAGGUCCUAAGACACCGUCCCCGAUGCCACCACGCCGUAAAUUCAGCAGCCGACGAAAGCCAAGGAAGGCUGAGCCUAGAGUAGAACCACAGGGUAGCAACGUCGACACCAAGCUAUAAGCAAGUCGCUGCAGACAACGUGAUGAAAUCUUGACGAAUUUAUCGUGUCCAAAAUCUGACGAAUGGUCCAUCAACUUAAAGAAACUUUUGUUGGAAGACUCGACUCGGAGAGCCUACGAUGAGAUUUUCUAGGGGAAGGUUAGGAGGAAAGGUCGUCAAAAAGAGGAUUUGGUACUGCCAUUGAAGAAUAAAUGGAAAUUUUUAGUAGCAGAAAGAAGUCCGGUUGGCAACACAUAUCAGAAGGUUGAGUAAUGACAAUUAUUAUUCACUUAUAUGUAGGAUUGUGUUUACUGGCAUAAGAAAAAUGUUCAAGGGAAAUCAACUUGAAUUAAGUUGAAUAAUGAUGGAGAACGAGACAGGCUGGCGUUUUGCAUCUGGGUAAAUUUACACACAUGUAAGGUAAAAUAGAUAUGAUGUUGAAAUGGUCGGAAGGACAAGAAGGUGGCAGACAUUCACUGGGACAAGAACUGGAAUGUUCCAAAGCUAAAACGAGACCCUCAAACGAGGGCCACGGUCAGUACUUUCUGACAUGUUUGAUUAUUUGUAUUGUGUUGACCACAUUGUACACACUAGUCAGCCAAAUGCGCUGAUACCCUAAGCUGGACCAUGCCACACGUCCUAGAGGGGGUUUCGAUCAACAGGGUCAUUGAUUUGGUUAGUGUUCAAAAUUGGUACACCAAUUGUCACUGGUGUAACUAAGGUAUAAAACUUAUUUAUACAAGUAAAUCAACAACAAAUUGGACAACCCUUGGAAGCAUGUGCUGAGAACAUAACUUGGUUCUGUCAUGAUUAUGUUGAGUCCAAAGAAGUACCAAGUCUGAGGGUCAAAAUGUUAGAACCAUGUUCAAGAGGAACUGGUCGGUUGUUGAACGCUUCCUGCACCUUGCUCAAAGUGUAUAAUGAUAAAUAAUAACAAUGGCUGAAGCACUGUGUUAUGAUGAUAACGUGUCGACUAGUAUUAGGACAGGGCUGGCCCUUGAUAGAGUAGACGUAGGAAACCAUAGAUGCAUAAAAAAAACUAAAUUUUUUGUUUAUUAUCUUACUAGACACAAUGACCUUUAUCUCUUGUGGAAGAGAUUUCCUUUAAAAAAAUUCAUUAUGUUUUUUUGUAUUAAUUUUUUUUAAACAAUAUCAAGCACAAAACAUGUAAAGCACAAACUAAAAGUCUUGUUCAGAAAUCUACGUGGUUUUGGACCAGUCAAGAUGAUUUUAUAUGAGACAGUUGUAAGAAAACUUUCCCUGUGUCGUCAUAAAAACACAUAGAAAGGCUGAUUUGUGAUGGAGAAUUAGCUACCAGCUGCAGCUGUGUUUUUUUUGUGUUUUUUUUUUCUUUUGAAAAGUGCAAUGAUUUUUUUUUUUUUUUUAGGAGAGUUUUUCAUAACACGUGCCAUGUUUAAAGUUCUCCAUACUUUUGAACAGUUAAGAAAAAAUUAAAAUUGGAAUAGGCACAGGCGUAGGAACCCCCAGUGGUUUCACAAAACCGCUUUGAAACAUCUCUUUAGCCAGACAUCAGUCUCUGCUGGUCUGCAACACCUUGUUACUUGAAUAUCUCUUGCCAAAUUAAGCUUCAAAGUUUUUAACAGACAUUACAAAAUUUAAACGCUUCUACCAUUUGAUGGUACUGUACUGACAACAUCAACCUUGUUUAAGUACCAGUGUACCAGUUGACAAUAGAGUUGGUGAUUCGUUUACAUUAACUUGAUUGUGUCGAAACACAAAUCAUUGAAGACAAAACUUUGCCCUCUAUUAAAACAAAUAAUCUUGCCGAUUUAUGUGAAACAUUUCAAUUAUUAUUAAUGCAACUGAUUAUUUAUUUUAUUUUUAUGUGCAAUGCAAGUUGAGUUUCCCUGUUCACCAAAUUUUGUAAAAUAAUAUUUUUUGUUUUAUAUUUAAAAAAUCACUCACAUUGCAUGGUGGCCCUCGAUUUUGUGCAAGUUAUUUGCAAUGCAAAUUUAGUCUGUCAUUCAAAGAUAUUUUUAUUGCAGUCAUUUCUGUUGUUGUAUAUAGCAGCUCAUUUUUUUUAAUGUUUUAAUGCAAGUUUCCAAUCCACCAAUUCUUUCAUUUGGAUUUCUAGUAGCUCAUAUUGGCAAUGCUAUAAAAUACUUUGCCCAAAACCGUAACAUUUUUAAAACGUGUUUUUCAAUGCAAAAGCAUCUUUUGACUACAAUAUAUGUGAUCAUGAUCAUAAAAUCACUUAUUGUGUCCGUUUCUUAGAGAUGCCACUUCUUGCCACUAAGUGUUGGAAAAGUAUUACAAAGAUGUUUAAAUUGCAUUGCUCAUAGAACUUGUAUUUGAUGGUUAUAGACUAUCUAUAUUUUCGUGUGGGUUCUGGUCUCAAAGGUUUACUGUAAGACUGCGUCGUUCAUUUGGUGUUUGAUAUGUGACAGGGUGUGUGCCCUCCUCCCAUUGUGUUUCAUUGUGUGCCGAGAAUCUAAGGAAAUCUAAGGAAAUCUUUGGAGAAUGUUGGAGAAUGUCACUGGGGGACACUUCUGUUACAAGAGGGGAAGAACACGGAGGACUCACUCUGCCACAUGGUUUAGUCAUUGCAAAAAUAGAAGAAGUAUGUUUUUUUUUAUUCAGUAAUGGAUUUUUUGGGUGUGGGGUGGAGGAUAAGAGUGGAAAGACCUAACUAAAGACAAACACCUUGAGUGACUUUCUUUACCAUUUACUAUAUGCACCUCUCACUAUGAGUACAACUUCACACCAAGUAGCCCCCUCAGAGGAAUUUGAAUUCAAUUUAAUCAAUGUACUUUAUAAUAAGCCAAACCUUGUAACAUAUUUUAAGGAUUGUGAUCAAUUACUAAAAAGUUUAGACAGUGAAAGUUUGUGUGUUUGGGGAUGGGGGUGCUUCUUGAGUCUUGAUGUUAUCACUGGUGUCCUACUCACUUAUCAUCCUUCCUAACCACUAUUCAUUUGUUAUAUCUGUGGUGGGCUGGUACCACGCUACCUUCCACCUGUUGUCGUUGUAUAUAUAACUAAGUAUUCCAGUAUAUGGAAUGCACUGAUAUACCCAAAUCCAAAGGAUUAUAAAUAUAUAUAUAUAUAUUUCAAGUGAGUAAUCAGUGGAUUUUCUAUUUAAUGAUAUUUCAAAAAGGUGCACAAUUUUAGUGUGAAAUAAUAUCACUGUUAAUUGAGAUGGAAGUGUGUUUCAAUUCAAUUCUCAAUAAUAUAAUCCUCAUUGGAGUUCUUAUCUAAUAUGUAGGUCUUGGCUACAUUCUGAAAUGUGAAUUCUUCUCCAUGCUUUAGGUAUCUCUGUUAGGUUCCCUGUAUUACGUUAUGUAGUAAUAGUGCUGAUAGUUAUACACCAAAAGGGACCAGCCUGGUUUUUGGUCUUUUUGGAUGCAUGGGUUUACAUGGACAAAGUUCAAAAUCGCUGCCCAAUGAUAGAUGGAAAUAAUUGUAUAGCAACGUCUCUCGUCUCAGAGACGAGGAAUUUAAAAGAAAAAAUGAAUCAUGUGGUGAGGGAAGUAACAAAAGGUUUUCAUAUUUUCAAAUUUGUUUUGUAUUUCAGUAUUUUCACGAGGAUCAAAUUAAAGAUCUGAUAAUUUCCAGCACAUCAUUUAUUAAUACCUUGACUUUCUUUAACUCACUUAUUUUAAGAAGUUAUUCUUUUAGCAACAGUCGAAGAAGACAACUUACUCUAAACCCAUCGCCAUGUUCUAUUCAGACAACAACGAUUACUGUUAUUGAGUGAAUAUCUUUACAUGUAACUGUAUGAAAUAAGAAUAUUGAGAUUGUAUAGUGUUAAUUAGAUAUUUACUGGUAAAUAUAAAGAAAGGUCUUUCAAACUGCUAAGAGAGGAUACAAACUACAUAUUACACACCAGUUGGCUGUUUGUAAAUCAAGUUUUAUUUGCUUUCAAAUCAUAUCCAUCAAAAUGCUAAGAGUUUUUUAUGUCUGCAAAUGAAGAAAAACACAGAUUUGUGUGCAUUUGUCUGCAGUGUAAUGUUUUGAAUAGUACUAUAAGAAGCCAUCUGUUUUCCCAUCAUUUUUGUAUGUCAAUUUAGUUUUUUGUAUUUUAUGCACCGGGAGCAUAAUUUUUGACAGAUACAUGCACUUUAUGAAGUGAUCAUUGUUAUUAUUGUACGCGUUUAAUAAAUGAUUUUAUGUGUAUGUAAAAAGGGGUUGAUAUUUUGCAGGUCAAACAAAAUUUGUAAGAUGUACAAUUGAAAUAUUUCUUUUAUUGUUACAAAUGGUUGUAUAAAAAGGUAACUUUAAUCAAGUUAUUUGUAUGGAGUUCGUUUUGAUAUGACACCAAGCCUGUAAUUGCACAAUUGUUAUGGGGGCAAUGGUGGCCCUGGACUCUUGGCCUUGGUGCCCCUUUAAAAGUUUCCAAGAGACUUUAGAUGUGCCGUUUGCUAAAUGAAAAUGGCUUUGCCCUCUUUAAGAUGAAAUUCCAGUACUGUGAUACCACAAAAAAGGGAGCUAGCUUGUUAUAGACUGAAUCCAAGUUACAAUCACUGAUCUCUGUGUGAUGUUAACGCUGGGGAUGAUUGGUUGGGUCGAUCGGAUUUGACUGGAGCAAUGGACUCAAAUGUGUUUUCUUCUGAAUGUAAAAGACUUUGAACAUGUGUCAGCCAUCUUGGUCCUGUCCUAUUCAAAUCAAUGUAGCCAAACCGAGGCUGGAAGGGAAAAUAGUCUGGCUCUCUUUUUGAUAAACCGAUUGUUAGUAUGAAGAUUGGUUCUAGGUACCAGGGGCAAGACAAAGAUAUGCUGAAUAUCUCUAAGGUAUUUUGACAGACUUGGUUUGUACAUGUAAACAUUCGCAGCCAUUUUUUGUAAAAAAUGCUGCACUUGUAACAAUUGUGUGAAUGAUAAUGAAGACACUCAUUGUCAAUUACUUGUUUGUCUUUUAGAGGAAAUUAUGUUUUUAAUACACGAUCUGUACAACACAAAUCAAAACUA